AUGUGGGCUGCGGUUCUGCUGGCCUGUCUCUCCGGCUGCUGGGCUCAGUACGACCCCCACACCGAGCCCAAGAGGACAUCCAUUGUGCACUUGUUUGAGUGGCGCUGGGCUGAUGUGGCAGCUGAGUGCGAGCGCUAUUUGGCUCCCCAUGGAUUUGGCGCAGUUCAGAUUUCUCCGCCCAAUGAACACAUCGUCCUGAACCAACCCUGGAGACCCUGGUGGGAGCGAUACCAGCCGAUCAGCUACAAGCUCUGCUCCAGGUCUGGUACGGAGGAGGAAUUCCGGGACAUGGUGACCAGGUGUAACAAUGUCGGUGUGCGGAUCUACGCGGACGUGGUCAUCAACCACAUGUGUGGGGCAUCGGGCGGAUCAGGGAACCACUCAUCCUGUGGGACCUACUUCAACGCCGGGGCCGAGGACUUCCCAGGAGUUCCCUACUCUUCCUGGGAUUUCAACGACGGCAAGUGUCACACUGCGAGUGGGAACAUCGAGAACUACAAUGACGUCAACCAGGUCCGGGACUGCCGCCUGGUCAGCCUGCUGGACCUGGCGCUGCAGAAGGAGUACGUGCGGGGGAAGAUCGCCGAGUACCUGAACCACCUCCUGGCGCUGGGCGUGGCUGGCUUCCGUGUGGACGCCUGCAAACACAUGUGGCCCGGAGACAUGGCCGCCAUCUUCAGUCAGCUGACCACCCUCAACACUCGCUGGUUCAGCCCAGGCACCAAACCUUUCAUCUACCAGGAGGUUAUUGAUCUGGGGGGAGAGCCCAUCAAAUCCUCGCAGUAUUUCAGGCUGGGACGAGUCACCGAGUUCAAGUACGGGGCCAAAUUAGGCACAGUGGUUCGCCGGUGGAACGGUGAGAAAAUGGCUUACCUCAGGAACUGGGGUGAGGGCUGGGCUUUCAUGCCCUCAGACCGGGCACUGGUGUUUGUGGAUAAUCACGACAACCAGCGAGGCCAGGGUGCUGGAGGGGCGUCCAUCCUCACCUUCUGGGACCCCAGGUUAUACAAGGUGGCAGUGGCCUUCAUGCUUGCUCAUCCAUAUGGACAGACCAGGAUCAUGUCCAGUUAUCGCUGGGAUCGCAAGUUUGUGAACGGGAAGGACGUGAACGACUGGGUGGGACCACCCAGUUACCCAGACGGGACGACCAAACCCGUCACCCUGAGACCCGACACGACCUGCGGCAAUGGCUGGGUGUGUGAGCACCGCUGGAGGCAGAUCAGGAACAUGGCCAUCUUCCGGAACGUGGUGGGUGAGGAGCCCCUGAUGAACUGGUGGGACAAUGGGAGGAAUCAGAUCGCGUUUGGCCGGGGAGCGCGGGGCUUCAUCGCCAUCAACAACGACGACUGGAACAUGGCGAUGACGUUACAGACCGGGCUGCCUCCUGGCACUUACUGCGACGUGAUCUCCGGACAGAAGGAGGGAGAUCACUGCACGGGACUGCAGCUCACCGUCAAUGCAUGCGGCAACGCAGUCUUCCAGAUCAGCAGCUCGGCCCAGGACCCAAUGGUGGCCAUCCACGUGAGGGACAAACUGUAA